AUGCCUGUGCAUGAUAGACUUCCUCGUGCACAGCUUAAAGAGAAGAUCGAGGUUUUGGACUACAUAAGGCACACACAAACCACUUCAAAUGCGGCCGUUGUGAAUCAUUUCAGAAGUUUGAAGAGAUUCGCAAUUUCGCAGACCACGUUAUCAGGAUGGAGGCAGAUGGAGGACGAGCUUCGCAAGGCCCACAGAGAGUCACCAAAUCUGGAGGGCUACCGUCGGAUGCCAGUGCUGAAAUAUCCAAAUGUGAUGCAAGAUGUUGAGAAAUUCGUGGACGAAAAGGCUUCCCAGGGCGUUGAUCUUACGGACCAAUUGAUACAACAUGCUUAUUCUUACUUUAUGGGAGUUCAUGGCCAUCCUUCUGGAAGACUCUCUGGUGGUAUGCUUCAGGCUUUCAAGAAGAGGAAUGCCAUCAAGAACGGCAAGAAAAUGCUCCGUAUUGAUCCGACAGAAGGAAAUGCUGCUGAAGACUUGAGUAUGGAUACGCCAGCUCCAUUAAUGAUCACGUCACCGGAUGAAGCAGUUUUGCAAGAGACAGAAGCAUCAGCCGUGGUAGAGACCAACGGCAUGGACUUUGGUAGGAGCAUCGAAGACAUGUUUACCAAUUCUAUAGGAUUCAACACGAGACUGAUUCAUUCUGACGACAACUUUUCAUCGUUUUUCAAGAGGUCGCUGGACGGGUUUCCUCCUUUUGACCAGAUAGGUUCUCUUGAGAACCCGCGUUCCUCCGUUCUCAGCACCACCAACCUGAGCUCUCAGCAAUUGCCUUACGAGGAUUCCGCUCUUCAGAGAGCACAGAGACCAUCAAGCAGUGCGAGUACACCUUCCAAUGUCUUGGUUACCACGGAUGCCAGUCCACAGGUCACUGGUGCGGCUGAGAUUCCCAGACUGUACAAACUGGAAAAUUUCACAUACACACGUUCCACCCACCCCAACGCUGAAAAGGCCGAGAAAAUUUUAGAAAAUAUUACCAAUGGCCAUGUCACAAUAUAUAACUCGGGGACGUCUGCAAUAAUGGGUGUUUUGACGUAUUUGAAUCCGAAAAAGAUCGCCAUCAAUAACUCGGGCUACCAGGGAACCCACCAGGUGAUUGCGUUAUUAUCCAAAUUGACCGGUCUCCAAAAGAUAGGUCUUGAUGACCACGACCAACUUGAAAAAGGUGAUGUCAUGCUUAUAGAAACGCCCAUGAACCCGGAAGGUUAUUGCAUAGAUAUCUCGAGAUAUACUGCUGUUGUUCACGCAAAGGGAGCAUUGCUGAUAGUCGAUUCAACAUUGGCUCCUCCACCAUUGCAGGAUCCUUUUAAGCACAAUGCAGAUUUUAUUUUGCACAGUGCAACGAAAUACUUCUCUGGACAUUCGGACUUGCUUGCAGGCUUCAUUGUGUCGAAAUCGCAGAAGAUCAAGAAGGAUCUGAUUUCAGAGAGGUUAUCGCUAGGAACGAACAUCGCCAACUUUGACGCUUUUCUCUUGCUCAGAAGUCUGCGAACUUUCAAAAUGAGAAUCCAACAACAGUGUCUGAAUACCGAGAAGGUGAUAAAGUUUUUGACUGAGAAUUCCCACAGAUAUCCAGUCAUAUUGAAACUGCACCACUCUUCGCUGCAGCUGAACGACUUCGUCUCUGAACAACUGAACGGGUUUUACAAUCCGGUAUUUGCGGUUGAAUUCAAGUCACAGAGCGUUGCUGAAGAGCUUCUGACCAAAUUCAAGUUUCUGAGCAAUAAUAGUAACUCGGAAGGUGGUGAGACCAUUGUGGAGAUGACCAAUAAGAAUCCAGAUUUCAUGUCUGCCGUUGAUACCUCUGAAGGAGUUGAAGUUCAGGUUGGCAACCUGCUACGAUUUUCAGUUGGAUGCGAGGACUACGAAGAUCUUUUGCGUGACUUGAACCAAGCAUUGCGGGCCGUGAGCUUGAGCCACUGA